AAAUGAUCCACUUCUCUUGAAUAAUAUCUAUUGAUUCAUGCAAACAACUGGUGAACCGCAAUGGGUCAACUCUCCUCCUCAGUCGCCUAUAGCAGAUUCGAAAACUCUUUCUGCUCUAGAAAAAGCUGGUGUUGUUUUCUCGGCUCAUGUACGUCAAAGUUUUCGACUCCAUCCUUCGGACUUUACCGGAGAAUUGAUCAGGCUUUUGGAUGACUUAUCAACAGAAACCCACUCUAUUUCGGCGUUGGUGAACGAAGGCAGCGAACACAUUCAGUAUGGAUAUGUUGGCAACUCUCUCAAUGCGGAGUUUGUUACUCAACAACUAUAUCACGCCCUAUCACACGAUGGCUAUGCUUGUGUAUUUUUAUUCAAGGAUCAUCCAAAGCCAUACACUUGUCCCUCCAAUAUGCCUCACGGUGAUUAUGUCAUAUGUCUCAGUCCUUUAGAAUAUGAUCUUUUAUGUCCACAACAGUCCAUCUGUGGUACUAUAUUUUCUGUUUACGAGCGCAAGUCACCUACUGGUUUACCAGGACGAAGUAUCGAUCUACAACAAUGUGCAAAGGAACAAAUAGCUGCAGGCUAUUGUCUUUAUUCUUCUACAACUACCUUUUUUUAUACUAUGGGCAAUGGAGUGUAUGAGUUUCUUCUUCAUCCCGUUGCUAAGCAAUAUUUUCAGAGUCCUUCCUAUCGUUUACAAGUACCACAAACCGAGACUUUGUGGGGAGAACGUUCUUACAUAAGAAACUGUGAAGGUUUUGCUAGAGAAGUUGCUAGUCAUGUAUUGCAAGAAAAUGAAAAGACAUUUCAUACUGGCUCAUUGAUUGGUGACUUUGAUAGUGUGCUUCGAAUGGGAGGUGUGUUAUUAGCUCGCAAUGUUCAUUUUCUAUGUGAAGCUGCUCCAUUGGCAUAUAUUAUGGAACAAGCAAAUGGUCAGGCAGUUACCAGUCUAGGCAAAAGAAUCUUGGAUAUUGAAGUUGGAAACGAUCCGCAUAAGAAAAUUGAUAUUGUUAUGGGAAACUUUUCAAUUCACAAAGUUUGAGAACGUAAGCAUAUUCUAUCCAAUAAUUGUUGAGGAUAUAAUGUUGAAAGUGCUCUAUUUGAAUAUUUUCUACGCACUUCUAUUUCGUCCAUCUCUGUUGAAAUAAUAAAAUGAAUGGUAUGGAUAUCAGUAUUCGACGAUAACAA